CAAUAUUCAAAUAUCAACAAAAACAUUUUAUCGUCAAUCUAUCCUCAGACUAGAGAAUCAUAUACUCGAAAACAGUUUAACAUUAAGCAGCAGUACUGUUGGACUUGGAGCCAUAAUGAUGAAAAUCGAAUCGGUGGCGUGCGAAUGUUGCGGCUUAAUGGAAGAUUGUACACAACAGUACAUAAGUGAAGUCAAAGCUAACUUCGCCGGAAAAUGGCUUUGUGGACUUUGCGCCGAGGUGGUUAGCGACGAUGUCAGCCGAGAUCGGAAGCUGACGACGGUGGAGGAAGCUCUUAAUGCUCACGUGUUGUUUUGUGGAAAGUUUAAAGCUAAUCCGGCAGAACUCGUCGCCGACGGCAUGAGACAGAUGCUGCGUAGGAGGUCAGGAGGUGACUUGUUGCCGGCCAAGUCCAAGAAAUUCGGAAGAUGUAAGUUCUAA